UUUCCUAUCCUGCUCCGUCCAUCUCCCCCUCCCUAGCAGGUAUAGCAGCUAUACUUUCCUAUCCUGUAGUCUUCCACUGCCGCAAUUCGCCACAUCUCGCCGUCGGCGGCGAGGGGCAGGGAGACAGGAUCCCCUGUCGCGCGGCGACGUAGCCCUCCUCCUGCUCGUGCUGUCCCCGCCACCCUCUGCUUAUCGUGCACCUGGGAUUAGAUCUAUUUCUGGUAUCCGAGAGAUCGAGCGAAAUCGAUCUAGCCAAGGUGCGGCGGACGCGGCUUAUUCUCAAUAAUUCUUCUGCGUUGUUUGGAAAGCAGCCAUGGACGAGUGGAUUCGCCAAGCGGAGGUGUGGGUGCGCCAAGCCGAGAGCUGGAUCCGCCAGCAGCCCCCGGAGCAGAUCUAUGUCGCGGCCGCGGUGGUUGCCGUCACAAUCCUGGUGCUUAUCGUAGCAUCUUGUCUGAAAUCCUCUAAACUAAACACCAUAGUGCUAUCCGGGCUUAGUGGCAGUGGCAAAACCACUCUUUUCUACCAGCUUCGGGACGGAUCAUCACAUCAAGGAACUGUGACUUCUAUGGAAGAAAACAGUGAUACCUUUGUGCUGCAUUCGGAGCAAGAAAAGAAAGGCAAAGUGAAACCUGUGCAUAUUGUUGAUGUUCCUGGUCAUGCCAGGCUCAAACCCAAGCUUGAUGAAGUCCUGCCUAAAGCUGCUGGGGUUGUUUUUGUUGUUGAUGCUCAAGAUUUCUUGUCUAGCAUGCAAGCUGCUGCAGAGUACCUGUAUGACAUUCUGACAAAGGCAACCGUAGUGAAGAAAAAGGUUCCUGUGCUUAUAUUCUGCAACAAGACAGAUAAAGUUACAGCCCACUCGAAGGAAUUCAUCAAGAAGCAGUUGGAGAAAGAAUUGAACAAGCUCCGGGAAUCAAGGACCGCCAUAUCCUCAGCUGACAUCUCUGAUGAAGUCCAGCUCGGGGUCCCUGGAGAGGCUUUCAACUUCAGCCAGUGCCAGAACAAGGUGGCUGUUGCGGAGGGCGCCGGUUCCGCUGGUAAUGUUUUGGCCGUGGAGCAAUUCAUCCGUGAGCAUGUGAAGGCAUAGGUGGUUGUUAUUAUCGUUCCCAGGGCUGCAAAUGUUUCAGUUGAUUGAUGAGGCAAGACGUGCAUUGCGUCAAUGUGGUUACCCUUCAUGCAUAUAUACCUCCGUUCAGGUCCUCGGACAUUGCUUUCCUUAGAGGUGCAGUCAUAUUCCGCCGCACUGCUUCAGCUGACCCUUGUUAUAGUUAUAGAGGCAGGCAUUACAUGUUGCAUUGUUGACGCCUGGCAGUCAUCGGAUAUGAAUAGAUCGAUCCUGUUAAAAGUUGUCUCUGCUGGCCAUGGACCCAUGGUUUUGCUGCAUAAGUUGUAUAUUUCCCAGAUUUUCUCGACGUCUCGGUUUUAAACUCUUUCCGUUAUAGUUGCAACAAGCAAAAUGUGGAUGCAGCUCCACGGUGGAGCUGGAGCAUCGGUGUUGUGAAGCA